AUGGAGUUCGAGAAAUGUUAUGAGUCGUCAAAAGCUGUGGUGAGUAUGCUGCUGGUGCAAGCGUUCGCUACCGGAUUGCAAGUUCUUUGUAAGGUCAUUUUAAAUGAUGGGACCUUCGUUUUCGCUCUCAUGGCUUAUCGUCACGCGGUCGGGGCGAGGUUUGUGUUGCCCCCUUCUCUCUACCAUUGCAGAGGCAACACAACAAAGCUAAGAUUGAAGGUGUGGAUUUGGCUCUUCAUUAGCGCAUUGACCGGAAUAUCAUUGUCUAUGGGGCUGUACUACUACGGUCUCCGAGAUACAACAGCAACAUACGCUACCAACUUCUUGAACACGAUCCCGGUCGUCACCUUCGUCUUUUGCAUCAUUCUAAGAGUGGAGUCAUUGAGGUUAAACACCAGGGCAGGAAAAGUGAAGACAGCAGGAGCAAUACUCUGCGUCGCUGGCGCGCUAACCACUGUAUUCUACCAAGGAAAACCAUUCCACGUGAAUCAUCAACACUCUCGCCCUCACGCGAUCCCUAAGAACAUUCCGUCUAAUUGGACGAGAGGCGCGCUAAUGCUGAUCGGAAGCUGCCUAUGGUAUGGUGUCUGGUUCAUAGUGCAGGUGUGCACACCACCUUCCUACUUUUUCUGCAAAUAA